AUGUUCAAAGACAAAGACUCCUACCGUCAAGGCCUACAGCAGGCAUGCAUGGCCAUGACACUUGCUGCUCUAAAGGAGCGAGCGAGGAACAACCAACAAAUCCUACCGCCUAUGCCCUUGAAGCUCUACGACGAGAAGUUCAACAGGUUACCUGGAACCGCGGGUGUCCUGGAGAAAGCCCUGGAGCUUUUUCAAGCCCUACGCUCUAAAGCGCCGCAACAUUUAAUGUUCGAUAUCGUCAAUCCAUUGCUAAGUACCCUCAGUGGUAGUCGGCUUCAGACCAAGCGGCAGCGUUGGGCGGCAGCGGCUUGGCUAAAAUGGCAGAAAACCUGGACAGGACCUUCUGCAGGGAUAGUGCCUAUCAUGAAAGCCAUACAGAUGAUCAACUCACUCUUCUUCGAUCGUCGAUUACCUGUGUACCAGGUUUCGUGGGCGCCCGGUCUCCGCUCAAGAUCUGCAAGACAGCACGGGCCUUCGAUCACGACAGUCACGGCCGCCUCGACCACAUUCGAGGGCUUCAUGAAUUACCGCAUCGAGCUUGAUCCUGCACAUUCGAAGGACGAGCUGAAGUCUCUUGUGCUGCACGAGUGUGCUCAUCUCUUCGUCACGCAUUCUGGUUUCAAGUGCACCUAUCGUUGGGGUGGUCCCCUAGUAGGGACGAGUGGGCAUGGACCCGCGUGGUUCAGGGUCGCAGUUGCGAUCGAGGCCGCAGCGCGCAAACAUCUCGAUUUCAAUUGCAAUAUGCAGAUCCUGUUUUCUUUGCUUGCAGAUCAGCGAUGCGGUCGUUACUUGCCACUGUCUGAAUGGCAAUGGUUCACGUCUGUGCUGAGCGAUGAAGAUCAGGAUCGAUUCUUGGAUCAGCUGCCCGAUAGGUCAGUUGCGGAGCUCGAGGAACAUCUCAGACUCUGGCCUGAGAAAUGGGCUCUGAUGCAACCAGCCUUGGCACGACGAGUGUGGGAGAAAGGACGCUAUGAUGCCGCGGUGUGGGAGUCGCAGGGUCAGGAGAUGGGUAACAGGACGCAAGACGGCAGCGAGCUGGAAGAUGAUACCUGGACCAGGGUCUCGCACGUGUCCACGCCAUGGAUCGAAAAGAGAUUGUCGUCCUCCGGCUUGUGGCGUCACUUUCCUCAAAUGCAGAGGUGA